UCACAGGAUUCGCGCAAUUAAAGCUCGUCUUGACUUGACUUGCUAGGCGUUCGUGUCAUAGGGAUGAUGCGGCUCCUUCAGAGCUACUCUAUCGCACUACCGGAAUCCCGCGCAGCAACUCCCCACUAACCACCAGUCUACACAUCCCCAAACACACUAACACCCUGCAGUAUACAGCAUGUCCCUCGCAACGUCCAGAUAUGCACCAAAGACGCCGCUGGAGUCUUUGGUACAGUCGAAAGCAGAGAAGCUUAAACAGGACAAGGCGAGAACAACGCGACUGUUGAACCGUCUCCAGUGGAAAGCUGAGUCGCUCGCAGUGUCCUACGUCCGCGCCAUCGAGAUAUUGCGAGCAGAGGUUGAUCAGAAUGGCAACAUCGACAGUCGCGUAGAAUUACGUUACGCUUUCAUGCGAGCUACCAACAGCAAACAGGCAGAGUCCAUGUUCAAAGUAGAUUUCUUUGAAUUCUACACUCUACUUGAGCGGUACAUCUCCACUUCACUCGAGAUCAUGGGCGUUCACGUCUCGGGUACCGCACCUCGCACAAACGUGAACGCUCUCAAAUACAUCACGAAUCCUGACCUUCACCGAAUACGGCCACGCGCGCUGCACGCCUUCCAUGCGAACCUUCUUGAAGCACUCGACGAUCCAAAAUGCCCACUUCACAUCUCGCUCGGAAACCAAGAGGUGCGCAUACAGCUGGGUAUAGCGAAAGACUACCGCAAUGCCUGGAAGGACGCGGAUGAAAAGGUUUCCAAGACGGGUGGUCACAACAAGGAUGAUGAGUCUAGGAAGAACGUCAAUUUGACGGAUCUUGACCUAGACACCAUGCUUCGAUAUCUGCUGGCCGGCUGUGAGCAUGCUCAUGGCAUAGUGCAGGACCGUCCGGACGCCGAUCCGAAUAGCUUCACGAGCCGAGACUUCGAACAACAAGCGCAGCAAAGCACAAGCAACGCCAUGGAGACGGAUGAUGUUCCGUUUGAGUACAUGGACGAUGCCAUGGAUUUGGAUUGAACAUACGCUGCAUCCGUGGUCGACAUCUUUCAAGAGCCAAGUCUCUGGUGCAUUCUGCAUUUCGUUAUCUCUUGCAUAUACCCCUUCAAGCGUGCACGCGUGAUCUCGCGCAUAGCGUGG